CUCAGCCCGGCAGGCAGCCACACAGCUGCCCAGCCUCUGGGACACAGGCCAGCCCUGCCCCAGCCACUUCCCAGUGGACCAUGGGAGGCCCACACUGCGCUGUCCUUCUGGCACUCUGCCUUUUGCUGACGCUGUCGGGAGCCAGAUCCCAGAGAGCUUCUUGUGCCCUGUGGUGUCCCCCAAACUCCAAGUGUGACAGUGCCACCACCUGUCGCUGUGACCCGGGAUUCAGUUCAUUUGGGGAGAUCAUCACCAGUCCCACGGAGUUCUGUGAUGGCUGGACAAGGCCUGAUCUUCUGCCUUUGUCCCCAGAUGUGAAUGAAUGUUCCUUGAAGCAAAACCCGUGCCACAACACCACCCACUGCCUCAACACUGUGGGUGGCUAUAAAUGCCGCUGCAGACCUGGCUGGAAGCCGAUACCUGGACCUGGCUGGAAGCCGAUACCUGGGUCACCCAAUGGCCCAAACAACACCGUUUGUGAAGACAUGAACAAGUGCAUUUCCAGGCAGCAUGGGUGCCACAGCUCCACCUGCUGCUCUACAAUCAGGAAGUAUAAGUGCCGCUGCCACCUAGAGAUGUCCUUUCCCUCCUGGACCCGGCCCUCUGGAGUCAGCAGCAAGACCCUCUCCCACUUCUUUGACAAAGUUGAGGAUCUGGGCAGAGACUUCAAGCCAGACUCAGCCAAGAACACUAUCCAAAACCUCAUUAUGUUUGUGGAUGAGCUGCUGGAGGCUUCCGGGGACCUGGAGGUCCAGAACCUGUCUACCCGGCACCACAUUGCCAGCUACCUGCUCUUGGGCCUCGAAGAAGUCCUGAGCAUCCUGGCCCAGGCCUUGCCUGAACCCUCCUUCACCUACCAUUCCCCUUCGAACACAGAGCUGUCUCUGAUGAUCCAGGAGCAGGAGGAGCAUGGGGACAGGAACGUUACCGUGGGCCAGAGCCAGGCUCGGAUGCAGCUCAACUGGGCUGUGGCAGCUCAAGACAAGGACUCGGGUCCCACCGUGGUGGGCAUCCUCUCUAGCCUGAACAUGCAGAGAUUGCUGGCCAAUGCCUCCUUGGACCUGGAGGCCAAGAAGAAAGAUAAACUGGAAGAGAUCCAUAGAAGCCUAAUCCACGGGGCCCAGCUCAAAGUCCUCUCAGCUGUCAACACCGUGUUUCUGAGCAACAGAAACACGAAGAACCUCAGCCUUCCUGUCACCUUCGCCUUCUCCCACCCUCCAGAGACACCAGGGCCACGGCAGGAGCUGAUCUGUGCCUUCUGGGAGUAUGACAAUGACACGGGUGGACACUGGGCCACCACAGGCUGCCAGACGCUAGGCAGCAGGAAUGGCAGUACCACCUGCCGGUGCAGCCACCUGAGCAGCUUUGCCAUCCUCAUGGCCCACUACAAUGUGCAGGACCCCACGCUGGCCUUGAUCACCAAGGUGGGGCUGGCUUUCUCGCUGGUCUGCCUGCUGUUGUGCAUCCUCACCUUCCUGCUGGUGCGGCCCAUCCAGAGCUCGCGCACCACGGUGCACCUGCACCUCUGCAUAUGCCUCUUCGUGGGCUCCGCUAUCUUCCUGGCCGGCAUCGAGAACGAGGGCGGCCAGGUGGGGCUGCGCUGCCGCCUGGUGGCCGGACUGCUGCACUACUUCUUCCUGGCUGUCUUCUGCUGGAUGAGCCUCGAGGGCCUGGAGCUCUACUUCCUCGUGGUGCGCGUCUUCCCGGGCGAGGGCCUGAGCACGCGCUGGCUCUGCCUCAUCGGCUAUGGCACGCCCGGCGUCAUCGUCGGCGUCUCGGCUGCUGUCAACAGCCAGGGCUACGGCCGUGUCCUCUACUGCUGGUUGGAACCGACCAACGGCUUCCUCUGGAGCUUCCUGGGACCAGUGACCGUCAUCAUUCUGUGCAAUGCUGUCAUCUUCGUGAUUACUGUCUGGAAGCUCACUCAGAAGUUUUCUGAAAUCAACCCAAACAUGAAGAAAUUAAAGAAGGCAAGGAUGCUGACCAGCACCGCAGUGGCCCAGAUCUUUGUGCUGGGCUCCACCUGGGUCUUCGGCCUGUUCCUCUUUGACCCACGUAGCUGGGUCCUGUCCUACAUCUUCUCCAUCCUCAACUGCCUGCAGGGCUUCUUCCUCUUCCUGCUGCACUGCCUGCUCAACAAAAAGGUGAGGGAGGAGUACUGGAAGUGGGUCUGCCUGGUCACCAGGAGCAAGUACUCGGAGUUCAGCUCAACCACGUCUGCCACCAGCCACCAAACCCGGGCCCUCAGGCCUUCGGAAUCCAGCAUGUGAAGGCAGGUUUUGGACAGGCUGGCAGCAGCCACAGCAGCUUUUGCACAUGCUGAAAACGACCCUUCCUCUCCCACUUCUCUGCUCCCUCCACCCUCCCACCUCUGCCAUAGUGCACCAAGGAGAGGGGUGUGGGGUGCCACAGCUGUGGUCUGGCACCGGACUACAGAACAGCAGCCAGGACAGGUGGAGCCACUUCCAGCUGCCUCUCUCUGCUCCACCCUGGCAGCCCUGGCUUCAUCCCAGGAUGGGGACAUGAGCUGGCCCAGGGCUCCAGCCUGGGUACAGGUCUUGGGGACAGACUGAGGGCUGCUGUCCCCAAUCUGGCACUUUCCCUCAUCUAUCUUGGCUACAGAGCAGACGAGCCAGAUGCUGGGGUUCAACUUCCCUCACAAGCUAAGACUGAUGUCAGAGGCAGGAAAGGCAGGGCCCAGGCCCCCAACUCUGCUGCCUGAAACUCACGGUACACAGGCCCAACUGCCCAGGGCAGAGGGUUCUAACUUUUCGGAGAUUGUGAAUGUUGUAUAAUGUUUUUUAAUCUGUAUAAACCUUUCAAUGUUGACACUUAAAGAUCACCCUGAUAAACGCAGAUGACGCGCUGCUCACUAGCCCCCAGUGCCGACAAAAUGCUGGUAAUGGCUGAGAACAGAGCAGGUGGGAGUCAGGUUUCCAUAAUAAAAGUUUAUUCUCACACAAAUCUACAGCUU